AUGCGCGAUUCCAUUGGCACCACUGCUGCUGGCCGAGAUUUUGCGAAGAAGUGGCCAAAGCAUUACAAGAAAGUUGCCCCUGACCCGGAAAAGUCGCAAUCUCUUGUGGAGGCAUUCAGCUGGCCUGUGAAAGCCAAGCAGAACCUUGCUCGUAUCGUAGAAGCCCUCCCAGCUGAUCGCCAUCCUGUGCUGCUCUCAAAUCGCCGUUUGUCUUGCACAUCCAACUUCAGUGGUGUUUGUAGCCAGACACGCGCAGCCAUGGUGCUGGAAGCGCACAAGUUUGGAUGCCAGUUCGCGCACCUUUCAUUCUGCGAGAAGACCAAGCAAUGUCAGCACCGGUUGGUGCAAGAUUUUCCACAGUCCUGCAUCUUUACCGAUCAAUUGCAUUUGUUGCAGACUGAGGGCCACGAAGCAAUGCAAAAAUGCAAGACAUUUGAAGAGUCGAGAGGGAGUUUCGAGAAGGGCAUCUUCAUUGACAUGUUGGCACCGGUCAUUUUUGGCGAACCAGCGGAUCUUGGUUUCCAUUGCGUUUCCAGACGCAGGGCUUUCACUGUGCUUGUGGAUAGGUCGAAGGGUCAGUUUAUCGCUGACCCGAAUCAAGUCUACAAGGCUUUGUGUCAUGGCCUGGGAGACCGGCAUCUAAGCCUUGAAGAGUUGGUCAAACUGGGAUCACAGGCGUUUCUUGAAAAGGAAUUGGCACUCACUGGCAAAUCGCUCGACGAGUACCCGGACAAUUUAUUGACUGAGCUUGAGAAGGAACACAAAGGCGCGUACGAAAAAGCCCUUGAUGAGACAAGGCCUGGUGAGGCCCAUUCCCAGCAGGCAUACUGCCUCAACCAAAAUCCAGAGUGUGUCAGCAAGAUGUCUACCGACGGAGUCCUACCUGCAUACACCAAAUCUGACCGGAUGACUUGGUUGAGACAUGAGAAACGCCAUCUCUUAGCUAUCGAGAAAUUCGCCUCGCAUAGCUAUGGCGUCAACGCGGAGCUCGCAAAUCUCUUGGGAAUCCCGGUCUUCAGCGUGUACCAGAUGCCAAACCCGCACCCUGUGGUUGGAAACGGUCAGCACUUGGGCGUAGCAGCCCUUGUGUUGGCUGCCACCUUGUUGUCCGUUGAGCUCUUUCAACCCCCGGAGAAGCUGGAAGAUCCCAAAAAAGCCCUUGGCUGGACACACACAAAAAAGUUGCGCAAAGAAAGGGAUGAGGCCACCGAACUCUCAUAA